GUUAAGAACCGUCUCAAAUUGAUUAAUGGAAAAAUUUAAAGCGACGGGGACAGCUGUGCCAGUUGACAUGCCCAACAAUACCAGGCCAAACAAGAGACGCGUAGUCAGCAGCAAGUCGUGUGGCCGAAACAAACAACCGGCGUCCCGUUUCCACAUAUAGCGACUGGACAAACAUUGGCAGCUUCGAUAAGAUUGCGUGUCAGCCGCACAGCAUCCGGCGCCAGCUCUCAGUUAGUUGCCGUACGGCGAAGCUAACAGCAAGAGAUACCGGAAUUAGGCAAAGGCAUAUGCACAAUGUCCACACUUGAGACGGAGGUGACAUUUCGUAAGCGCGCGGAAGUGAGUCAGGAACUGGAGGCACAGUUUCGUAGUUCCUCCACGGAUUUCAUACUGAUCCCAGAUCAUCGCACCUCCAAGAGCAAAAGCCUCGAGCAACUGGAGGCGGUCAAGCAGGACAAUGAAACAAUAGCCUCGUGUUGCAUGAGCUAUGCGAGGAGUGCGUGUCGCAUGAAGACGCUAAAGAAGCGCCUGCCCAUAAUUGAAUGGCUGCCCAAGUACAACAGGACCGAUGCCGUCGGUGAUCUUAUAGCCGGAUUUACAGUGGGGCUAACGGUCAUACCGCAGGGCUUGGCCUACUCGGGCGUGGUGGGCUUGCCUGCAGAGUCGGGUCUCUAUGGCUCCUUCUUGGGCUGUUUUGUAUACGUUCUGCUGGGCACCUGCAAGGAUAACACCAUUGGCAGCACCGCCGUCGCCUCGCUGAUGACAUAUCAGUUCGCACAGGGCUCCUGGGCACAUUCGGUGCUGCUCACUUUUCUCACCGGCAUUAUAGAGAUUCUUAUGGCCAUCUUUAAGCUGGGCUGCCUAGUGGAGUUUGUCUCGGGCCCGGUGAGCGCGGGCUUCACCAGUGCCGUAUCCCUAAUAGUGCUCACCUCGCAGAUGAAGUACAUUUUGGGUGUGAACGGUGAGGGCGGCUCGUUUCUACAGAGCUGGAUCAGCAUGUUCCGCGACAUUGAAAACUUGCGCAUUUGGGACAGCUGCCUGGGCUUUGGCUGCUUGCUGCUCUUGCUGGCCAUACGCAGCCUAAGCCAGCUACGCCUGGGCCCCAAGGAGAAGUCCGAGCGUAGUCAGCUGCAGCGUUUGCUCAACGAGGUGAUCAAAUUUGUCGGUGUCACCCGAAAUGCCACGGUUGUCAUUGGCGCCACCUUGGUGGCCAUGCAUCUGGAGGCAAACGGCAUGAAUCCGUUCCGGCUGACAGGCUACAUACCGCCUGGUCUGCCCACAUUGUCGUGGCCAAACUUUACGAUCGAGGCGCAGCCGGGCAAUGCCACAGCUGGCAUACCCGCAGUUCCAGGCGAAACCUUCUUCGAAAUGGUGCACAGUCUCGGCUACGGCCUGGUCAUAGUGCCGAUCAUAGCUCUGCUGGAGAACGUGUCCGUCUGCAAGGCAUUUGCCAAGGACAGGCAAAUCGAUGUCAGCCAGGAAUUGUUUGCCACCGGCGUGGCCAACGUCGCCACCUCCCUGGUGAGCGGCUAUCGCAGCAACGGCGGCCUGGCCCGUUCCGCAGUCAACAAUGCCAGCGGCUGUCGCACCAAUAUGUCCAAUCUAUAUAUUGGCAUCAUCGUGGUGCUAUCGAUAAGUUACCUCACCGAGUACUUUUACUUCAUUCCGAAGGCUGUGCUGGCUGCCAUCAUCAUAUCGGCCGUAGUCUUCCAGGUGCAAUACCAGAUCGUAGUGCCCAUUUGGCGCAGCAAACGCGCUGAUCUUGUGCCUGGUCUGCUGGCGUUCAUCACCUGCCUGGUGCUUCCCCUGGAGAUAGGUAUCGUUGUGGCCAUUGGAGCUAAUCAGCUCCUUAUACUCUACCAUGCGGCACGGCCCAGGAUAACGCUGGAGCAGCUGGAGACGGAGCAUGGCAUUAAGUUUAUAAAGAUCACGCCAGAUCGCUGCCUAAUAUUUCCCUCAGUGGAGUUCGUUAGGAACAUGGUGCUCAAGUCCGGCAGCAAGACAACGCUGCCCAUUGUCAUCGACUGUACGUACAUUUAUGCAGCCGACUUCACUGCCGCCAAAGUAAUCUCCUCCUUGGUGGAAGAUUUUCAACAGCGUCAGCAAAAAAUUAUUUUCUUUAAUCUCAAGCCGAGUGUGGUUAGCAUUUUCGAGGGUCUGAAGACCAAGCUCAACCUCUGCUACAAUACCCACGCUCUUAGCCUGGAACUCUUGCCAAGUGCAGCUGAUAAUCUGUCGAAUUCGGUGGACUCACUGGAAGCAGGCAAUUGUGCAGGCGAUUGUGGGAGCAUGACAAGCACCAGUACUCUAUCCCUGGCAAGACUCUAGCCAACAUAGGUAGAACCAACUAACCAGCUACUAAUUAGCUUUA